AUGGCGACUACCGGAGUUGGUUUUCGAUGGUUAGAUAUUUUAGAAAAGGAAUUUGAUAAAGCAUGUCUCGAACUAGAUACCUCUUUAACGGAGCUCGAGACAGAGGAACCAGAAGUAGUGUUUGGAGCUCGACAGAAGAUUGCCACACUCAGCUCAUGCUUUGCACAACUCACACACAAAGCACUUACUAUAUUUCAGAAUAGUGCCAAAAUUGAGGUAUGA